CUGCCCCUGCCGGGGAGGGGGAGGCGGAGGUAACAGCGGGCCGGCCCGGCCCUUCGCCGUUGCCCCGGGAAGGGUCAGAUGGUCCCGCGGAGGCGGGCGGGGGGAGGAUGGGGGUGCCUUCCCGGUUCCCGCGGGCUCCGGGUGCCGUUCAGCGGUGAUAGCCUCCUGCCGCCCCCCGCCGCCCCCCUCCUGCGGCUCACCUUAGGGCACAGCCCGGCGCAGCGCCCCAGUCCGGCACGCGGCGCGGCAGUGGGUGCCCCGGUCUCGUUCCCCCUGCGGAGCCUCGUCACUGCUUCCCCCCCGCGCCCCGCAGCGGGCGCCCCGCAGCGCGGCCCCGGGCUCUCCGCAGGAUGGCUUCCCGCGGCAGGAAGCGCGGGGCCCGGCAGCCGCCGGCCGAGGCACUGGAGCAGGCUGCAGCCCCGCAGAAGCGGCUGCGCGCCCAGGACGAGGGCAGCCCGGGGGUCACGGGCCCCCGCGUCGUCAUCGAGCACUGCAAGAGCUGACGGGUGUUCGGGCGCACGGCGGCGGCGGUGAGUGAGGCCCUGCGCGGGGCCGUAGCCCACCUCCCCGUGGACAUCAACCCCCGGCAGCCGCGCAGGAACAGCUUCGAGGUGUCCCUGGUGAAGGAGGAUGGCAGCACCGUGGAGCUGUGGAGUGGCAUCAAGAAGGGGCCGCCGCGCAAGCUGAAGUUCCCCCAGCCGGAGGCCGUGGUGGAAGCCCUGAAGAGCAGCUUGGCAUAGAGGUGGCAGCCAGCCAAGCCGGCACUGGCACCUGCGGUUGUGAGCAUCUAUGAAGAGGCGAGAUGAAGUGGGGCACACCCGAAAGCCCCAGUCCCGUCUCCGAUGCUGCAGCUCUGCCGCAAGCAGCCACUGCCGGAGCCCCUGCAUCCCCCUGCGUCCCCCCCAAAUUCCCCAAUAAAGCUUGGCAGCCCACAGCGAA